AUGGCGACGGGUGAAGUUUGAAGUUUAGCGCCACGAAACCAGAGACAGGGACACCGGGCAGAGACUGACAGAACAGAAACACGGAGGGAGAACAGGAGUGGACUGAAACUGAAGGGACAGAAACAAAGACUGCGUGUGUCUCUGUGCUGUUUGCGUACAUCUUAACUAUUAGAAGAACACCCGCCUGCCUGUGUGGCUGUGGUUCGGAGGACAGGUGGACACACACUGGAUCGGAAAAGGUGAGCGACUUGAUUCCUGCAUUACCACUAGACUUUGGCACGCUUUUCAACCUUGAAUAGACAGUUUAUUCCUUGAUAUUGGCAUAAAAGCGCAUAAAGACUGCGUAAGUGCACCCUUAGCAACUUAUGAUGCUCUCAGAGAGGAGAGACCGUUACAACAGUGUAGUUAUCGGAGCCGUUACACUGCAUUAAACAGAGAUUUUGUGUUUCAAUGGGAGAGACAAGUUGUCUUUUUAUGAAUAGAGCACGAUAGAACUUGAGUGUUUUAUCCGUUUUAUUCUAUACUCAGUUAACUUGUGUACCGGGUGAGGCCGUGGGAGGGUAGUUAACAGUGGUUAGUUGGUGGUUAAUCAGUUAACGGUGAUGCUGAUGAUACAAUACACUGCGCAUGCUCGGACUUGUCAAAAAGCCCCUGACAGUCCAGGAAUGAAUCACAGCCACAGCCGUCAAACUGCCUUUCUGAGAGUGUGUCAGAAAAAGGGCGAGUCUGUCCCACUGUGUGAAAGGUUUCAGGUUUGAAGCAGUGUUGUACAGACAGACAGACUCAUAGAUAGACAUCAUUAUAGGGCUUUUUUCAGAUAAAUAUACUUUGGAGGUUUGAAAAUACUUCAAUUCUUACUCAUGUCUACCCACAGUAAGUGUUUUUGUAAUAUGAGGCUGACACAACAUUAUGAGUAAACAAGUGAAGGCAGUUUUUAGUUUGUGUGUUUGCCAGCAGGAUUGUUCAUGUUCUCCUGCAUUGGUUAAGCAUAACCAGUAAUUAAUGCCUUUAGAUAACAUAGACAUGCACAUAUGGGACCUGAGUGCAUGGCAUCAGCUGGGGGCCUUCUCAUGGAAUCUUUCCCAGAUUAACUUAAAUGUUUCACAUUUUUAUGACCUGUAUACCACAUUCGGUGCAAGGUGGGGCUGCUUGAUAAUGGCAAAAAAUCACCUUAUUUCAAUUGAUUCUGAGAUCAUCCUUAAUAAACAAUUCAUCACUGGUUUGACAUCUUUCCGAUUAUAUGCAGUAUUUGAACCCAAACACCCUUGUAACAGUGUUAAGCAAAACCUACCAUACUUAUUUUCACCAUCCAUUGUUUCAGUCUUGGACGCUUACAGAAUAUCUUACAUUUGUACUGGCUUUCUUUUCUCAGUGAUGCUCAGUCUCUGCCCAAAAUGCCUAAUUUUGGCUGCUUUUCCACUGAUUUAAAGUUAGACACAGCUUGUGGAUGUACUUUUCACUUAGUAUGCUAGUCACCAAACAACCCAAAAGAUAUGCUUUUACAGAAAAUGUCUGAGGCAAGCUGUUAGGACCACUUAGCUCUCCAUUUAGGCCUGAGGCUAUGCUGCCAAACAUGUAUCUCAUACUAAAGGAACUUUGUAACAGUUUUGUAGUAGUGGUCAGAAUAAAUUCAACUUUUUGCUCAGCCCUAAUGCAGUGUGCACUUGUGUAAGCUUCUCUAACUUGACGUUUUAUGAGAUAACACUGUGUGAAGAAUUUGCCCCUCUUCAAUUAAAAACCUCUUGUCUGGCUCCCCACAGGAUGUAUGAGGACCUGUAUGAGCCCUUCUCUGAUCUGGAGCCACCGGUAUCUUCAGGAGGCGGGGCCUGUCGGAAAGGGAGGGUACUGGAUGAUGGCGAGUGUGCGGAGUCCAGUCUGAGUGUCGGGCAGUUUGUCCUCUGCCAUUGGUCAGAUGGACUGUAUUACCUCGGCAAGAUUCAGAGGGUAAAGAACACAUGCAUGCACACAAAAACAAAAACUUGCAUCAUAAUUCACCUGAUUGAUGAUAUAAAUCUCGUUUUUGUGAUUGGUGGACAGGUGAGCCCCCCGAGGCAGAGCUGCUUUGUUACAUUUGAGGAUAACUCCAAGUUCUGGGUUCUUUGGAAGGACAUCCAACAUGGUGAGAGAGACAGGUGGACCAAGACUGACGGACAGAUAGACAGAGACAGACAGGUUGGAGCAGACGGUCUGAAUAGUUCUGGAUUGUUGUGGGGACCGAGAACUAUACUUCAACAAUGCUGAUGUGGACAAGUUUUUCAUUAUUUUUCAAACAUAGAGAAAAAUAUCCAUAUAUAUGGAAUUAACCUGAAAGAAAGAGAGACUUUAAGAACCGGGGGAAGAUGGGUAGAUAUGUCUCAUCACCACAUUUCUGCGUAUUGUCUUGUUUAACAAUAUCUAUCAGUCACAUUAAUUCAACAUAUCCCAUUACAGCUGGAGUGCCAGGGGAGGAGCCUCGCUGCUCUGUGUGUCGGGAGGCGGAGCAAAAUUCUGACGGCCAGUCAAACCAAAAUAAUCAGAUUCUUAUAUGUGGAAAGUGUGGCAUCGGUGAGUGACAUCUCUAGUCAGUUCGGUUUAUUACCUGCCAUAAACACAUGCAUGAUAUUUUUUAUAUGUUUUGCAAUGAUGUAAUUCUUUGUUUAUGAGGAUUACUGAUUAAAUUGAAGGCUCUAAUCUUUGAAUAUUUGGGGGGACAUAAAAAAUUCUCUGAGCACUUUGGGUGUAAAGAUUGAAAGACAAAUCUCUGAUCAUAAUUGAUAUAUAAUCUCUUAUUUUGAUUGGAGAUCAAACAGCUUUAGCUUGUCUUUGUUUUGACUGAGUAACACCACUUACUCCCUUCCCAUCUGUCUCUCCAUCAGGUUUCCACCAGCAGUGUCAUGUUCCUCCAGUAGAGAGCAGCAGCAGCCUCAGUCCCUGGUUCUGUAGACGCUGUGUCUUCGCUCUGGCUGUCAGGGUACAAGCACUCACAUUCUCACACACAACUACACAAAGUAACAGGUUUUGUUGUGCUCUGGUUCGGCAUCAGACUGGGGUUGAUGGUUGUCAUAGAAGUAAACACUGGGACUGUUUCUCUCCCAACCUAGAGUAAAUCUUGAGGGAAAUGGAUCAAGGAAGCAGCCUUGAUGAGAACUCAAGGGUUACCUAUUUUAUUUAGUGAUGAUGAUUUUUCUUUUUCUAGUCAGUAAAAAGUGUGAUUACACCUUGUCAUGUGUUAUGUAAAGCAUACAUGAAAUUAAAGGGUAUGUCUGAUACUUAGUUCAUAGAGAUGGUCCAAAAAGCAUCUGUCUGUUUACACAUACACAGAGAAAAAAAAUGAUGUUUGACUCACUUUCUUUCUUUUCUUUUCCUCACAGAAAGGGGGUGCCCUAAAAAAGGGGCCUAUAGCCAAAGCUCUGUCUGCAAUGAAGCAGGUGUUACAAUAUGACCUGGACUCUCUGGACUGGGACUCUCAACAUCGCACGAAUCAGCAGCAGUGUUACUGUUACUGUGGAGGCCCUGGAGAGUAAGAUUAACCAGGAGGAGUCAAGCACACUGUGGUAUUUUCACCAACCAGUCUGUAACACUGAUUUUGCACACGCUUUCUGUGUAGGUGGUACCUGAAGAUGCUGCAGUGUUUCAGGUGUCAGCAGUGGUUCCACGAAGCCUGUGCUCAGUGUCUGCAAGAGUCCAUGUUGUUUGGAGAUAGGUACCACAGCACCCCCUCUUCUCUGUUUUAUAGUUUCCUCUCUUCUUCUCCACUCCUGUAUUGAAACAAUCUCUUACCUCUUCCUCAGGUUUUACCUCUUCCUGUGUGCAGUGUGUAAUAAAGGAUCAGAGUAUGUUAAACGCCUGUCCCUGAGGUGGGUUGAUCUGGUUCACUUGGUCCUCUACAACCUGUCAGUCAGCAGCAAGAAGAAGUACUUUGAGCUGGACGAGAUCCUGGCUUUUGUGUCUGCAAACUGGGACCAUCUACAGCUUGGAAAGGUAUCAGGCUGAGCUAAAAUAAAUCUCAACCAUACUGAACCACCUUUAGCAUACCAAAUUAGAACUAAACUUGGACCAGCUUGAUUUAAACUUCACCUACAGUAGACAGUACUGUAAACUUGGAAGCAGCUUGAGCUAUCUGAAAGACUGACAUUCACCUCAGCCACACUGAAAUGAACCAAACCUGUAUCACAGCCAACAAAACCAGACUGAAAUAAGUUUAACCUACAACAAAACCAGACUUUAAGGAUUUUAGAUCAUACUGGACUUAACCUUGACAAGAGGAAAAACUGAAACCAAACCUGGACUUGACUGAUAUAACCAAACUAAACCUGAAGCACUCCUAACUAAAGAAUUUAAGUCAACCUUAACCAGACUGAUCCAAUCUUAAACAGGACAAGGCUGCUACAAACACUGCAUAGGCAGUACAGAACUAAACCUGCUCCAACUAGACUCAACUUUGACCAGACUUGAUCAAACCAGUUUCUCCAGUUUGAUCAACUCUGGUACUAAUUUCAUCCUGCUUGCUUUUUUGCUCUCAUUUCAGCUCUCUAAUACACCUCCAGCAGAAAGAGGGCAACACCUGCUCGAUGCUCUGAACAAAUACAAGAGCAAGUAAGUACUGUUAUUAUCUGUUGAAUGAUUUAAUUCUCAGUGUAACCAGCUUUUUCAUUCUUCAUUUUGGCUGUAAAAGUGAACCAUAGGUAGAACAGCUUACUGUGGGAGAGGAUGUCAUGAUAAUGAGACAAAAAAUGGGUUUUUAUUACUAUUAUUAUUAUUAUUAUUAUUAUUAUUAUCAUUAUUAUUUUCCUCUGUAAAUAAUAGAUAACUUUUAGAGACAUUAUGUGACACAACAGACAAUUGAAUUUCCCUUCAGGGGUUAAUAAAGUUCUUCUUAUUCUUAUUAUUAGGAUAUUAAAUUUUGCCUUCUGAGAAUUGCUUCCAAACUGAGGGGCAAUCAUCAGUUUUAGAUCCGCCUCAAAGAUCCUAUCUCAAAAAUGUCAGCAGAACAGAUCUGUGUUUACUCCCCCACUGUGAAGUCUUUGUUUUUGGGGUUCUCUCAGAGGGAAAAUGGUUGACACUGUUCUCCUGUGUAAUGGUAUCCAUUGCAUCCAGCAUAGACUUAAGUCUGCUGUUUCUGUGUUACUGUUGUUUUAUAAAUUUAGUACCAUCUGUUUUCAGAAUGCAGUGUUUGUCCUUCUGGCAAUCAAAAUCAUUGUUUAGUUAAAGGGAUAUUCCAGCGUAAGUUUAAACCAUGGUCAAACACACUGUAACACAGAGUUAGACCCUGCCUUGAGAGAUGAAUGUUGCAGACUGCUUGCUUCUCUAGGUAUAACAACUUCAGCAAAAACUGCACGAUAGCAAUACACAGUGAUCUGCAUCUCCAUACGCACAAACCUCACCCAAAAAGCCACUCUAUAGCCACAAAUAAUGCUCAAAACAGCACCUAACUUCAUCAACUGUACAUCUAGGGUCUCAGCCAUAGCACUAGCCAUCAAACAUCUUUUUAGCUUUGCCUAAUUUCUUUAGUAAAGAGACCAAACACAACUCACCCCCUCUCCUCCAGCAGCCGCUUGUUUGUAGGGGAGCCCUGAUGAGUCGAUCACUGAGUGUAGCAGAGUUGCGCAGCUCAAGGAAGAACAUUUAUGAUUAUUACUUCAUGGAAAUCCAAUCAGACCGAGACACUAAGGCAGAAGAACUACUGCGCCUGCAGUGCACAUACAAGAUACCCAAGAACUCUGAUUGCAAUAGUAACACUUGCAGUGGUGUUACAAUUUGUGAAGCACUGCACAUGAUUACUUUGCUCAAAGUCUCACCAUCCUCCGCAGCUGGUCGCUUCAGUUGAGAAGCCUUUUCAUCCAAACCUGCACUCCACAAGGUUGAAUGGAUUUUUCUGCUUUACUUCUGCUUUCUUUAAAUGCAUGUUUAUGACAUAAUGAAGGAGGAAAACUGGCUGCAAGAGGCACCACUCAGCCAGGUUAAAGUGGCUUCUCAUAAUGCACAACAAAUAGAGGCACUUUUGCAAUCACAUCAGGUCACAGACAGUGGGUGAUGGCAGCAGGCACACUUUUUACUGGUGUCCUUAAUCCUGAUUUAUUCGUUGCACCGGGGUAUAGUUUGUCACAGCUAACUUUUGAGAUGACUAAAAGGUUGUAAAAGUGGAUCUUGUUCUCUAAAUGUUUUGGUUGAUGGAAACAAACAGACAAACAGCAUUUUCUCGAGUCCUGUAAGUUAUUUGGCAAUGACCCAGCAGCUAAGAAGCUAGUGAAUAUUCAAGUGUGGAUUUUGGGUGUGGGGCUGGCUUUGUUGUAGUUUACAGCCGUACUGUUAGUUUGCGAAUAGCAGAAACGACUCUUCAUCUAAUGAAGUCCUGUGGUUGUUAAUCCACGUAGUAACCACAGUAAAACACUCAUCAAUUUGGAUCAUUUUCAAUGUUUUUUUGAAUGUGUGUGGUAAGGUUCCUGUGUGGGAAGGAGAUCAAGAAAAGGAAAUGCAUCUUUAGACUGAGGACUAGAGUUCCUCCCAACCCCCCCUCUAAGCUUUUCCCUGAGCGCGCCCAGAAUGAAGGAGGACGGGGCCAUAAGAAGGGCGUGGUCAGGUACAGACAUUUUUCAACAUUUCUUUGCUAGCUUUGACGGUCUGAUCUGUUGCUACAACUUAGAAUAAGGAGGCAGUCUAGUUUGUCCAGUGGAUCAGUCUGUGUGAAUAUAAUGAAACUGGGUUUUUGCAGCACGUCAGCUGAGAGGAAGAAGAGAAAGUCCAAGUGGCUACUAGAAGAUGCUAUUCCUAAUGUAAGAAUUACCUCCUCCUUUUUAACACAAAACCUUCAAAAUUUGAUUAUUUCUGUGUUUCAUUCGAUGAGUCAAGGAUUCAUUGAACAUUUUUUCCAUCACUGAAAUGUUUUUGCAUCUCCAGAGAAGCUUUUUUGUCAUUUGAGUCAUGUAAUACUUUGAUAUUUCAUCAAAAACAAAUUUUAAGUUUUUUUUACUUUUAAGUUUUCUUUUAAUUUAUGAAAUGAUUUUGUGUUUUCAGGAAUACGUCAGUGGUUUUUUUUAAUUUGUGUUUAUUUUUUUCUGCAGUUUUUUUCCACCAUAUUAAUUGUUUUUUCCCUUGAAAAAUAAAACAGCACUCUGUAUAUCAUAAGUCUUUGCUGUGUGCAAAAAGAGAAUCAUAUCUUUUGACUAUAAAGUUCAAAUCACUUCAGUACAAAGAACUAUCUCUGUUAGCAAUCUCAAUUUCUUGGGUGAAGCGAUUUCCUGAAUCUAAAUUUCCACUGUAAUUGUUGUCGUUGCUGUUGGUGAAUGUUUGCGCCUGUGUGUGUGGGUGUGUAGAACGAACUGUCCUACAGUUGGACAUCCAACCAUCACAUGGCAAACUUCUUCGACUUUACCCUGGAUGAGCUGCAAAGCUUAAAAAGGUGAGAUGAAUACCAGUUCCUCAAUAACAGUUUUUCAGCCUACCAUCUUGUGACUACCUUCUUUGCUCCUCCUCAGUAGUUCCAGUAGACCCGUCAGUAUUGAUCAGGACUCCACUGAUGCCUCCACCUCAGGCUCUGCCACCACCAGUGCCUCUUAUCACUUCAGGUCAGCAGAGGUUAUCAAGUCUUAAUCCAGUAAAGUAAGCAGUUAGGAUUUUCCUCUAACCUUGGACCUCAUGCUCUGUUACUCCAGGAGGAGAGUCGGCAGUAGGAAGCGGAAGUUGCCAAGCAACAGUUACAGCCACUGGGCCAACCGUAGUGAGGCAGGGGAGGAGCUUGUAGAAGAGGAGCAGUCUGUGAUGCUAGAGGACAAAGAAGUUACAAACCACCCUCACCUGGCAACAGACUCCUCCCACUUCCUUUCCGAUCCCUCCCAGAUUCCCUCUGACUCCUCCCACCUCCACUCAUCUAUCUCCUCCUAUUUUGGAGUGGCGGGCAGACUGACCAAUGGGGAAAGGUACCAGGUGUUGGCUCGACGUGUCACUCCUCAGGGGACGGUCCAGUACCUGCUGGAGUGGGAGGGGACUACACCUUAUUAGGAUGUUAACAAACUGACAUUAGACGCUUUGACUCCUCUUCCUCCUCUUCCAAUUAGAAACCAGUCAAAUCAUGGUCUGUUACCUGUUUUGUCUUUUGACCAACCAACUUAAUAAGUACUCCAAUUCCCAAGUAUCCAUUUUUAAUGAAAAUUAUUAUUUUAAACAUUUAGCCAGAAAAGUCCUUUUUAAUGUUAUCUUCACACAAAUAUGUAUCUCAUGAUGCCAAAACUAAUCAUUCAAGAUUGGAAAGAAAAAAGAUAAUGCUAGUUUUAUCGUCAGUCAUCAUGUUACAGUAUUUAACCCCAACCCUAAUCCUCAAAUAUCAUGUCUUGCAAAAAAAGCCCCAUACAUAUCACCAAAAAUAUCUUAUACAUACUGUACACAAUAUCUGCCAUUCUUGUAUGUCUACAAUAUAUGUCCCCACAGAACUCUGUCAUAUAUAUGCUUUGACAGUAUUCUACCUACUUAUAUGUCAUCUAAUAUGUCCCCGAAAUAUGUUCUCAUAGUAAACCUGCCCCCUGAUUGUCCCUUUUUUUGUGUAGUCCGCAAUAUCUUGAUUUAGAAGCCCCAACAAAAGUAACACUGUUUUCUCAAAGCAUCUUAUACACCAGUGUCCCUAAAAAUAUAUCAUCCUUUUCAGGCCUCGACCAAAAUUAUCUCAUGUCUCACAAAACCUUCCUUAUAUUUGUCUCCACAAUAACUUCACUGUAGUAUGUCGCCAUAGUGUCUUGCUUUAUGUUUCCCACAUUAUCCUGCCUUGUCCUUCCACUGUAUAUGUCCCCUUAAUAACUUUGGCAUUAGUCUUGCUGCUGGUCUUGCAAAUGUCCCAUCCAAAAACAAAACAUUCAUUUUUCCCUAAUAUCACCAUGUCACUGAAAUACCCUGUCCCACUUACGUCCCCACAAUAAUAGCAAGAUAAUCAGAUGGUUUUUAGUUUGGAGGAAUCAGGAAUCAAGCUAGUUAUAAACCUGUUGAAUCAGUGUUCAGUGAGAGCAAAUACCAUGUUUAAAGACAGCCAAAGACUGACACACAUACACCCACACACAUUGUCACACAUGCUCUCACUUAGUAGUGUUAUAUAAAUAUUAUUAUAGUAUGAAGAUCUGAAUACUAUCGAACUGACAUUAGUUGGAGAUUGUUCAUUUUUUAUGUCAAACCAAACAGUUCUUCUUCUUAUUCUUCCUCUUCUUCUCUGAUAUGUUAAACAGUCGGAGACUCCUGUAGUUCCUGUAGUGCCCCCUAGCUGUCAAACAGCUUGCUGCCUUACCUGCUCCCCCACUGCUGUACCUGUGGGUUAUUUUUCCAGCAGUUUUUGACAAAUUAAUCAAACUGAACAAAAAGCACGUCAUGACCUCAAGUUUUGCUCUGAUCUCUAACAGGCUUUUUUUCCCAGUGAGUGACUACAGGUGUUUCCUAAUACCUGCUGGGACCUCACAGAGUGGAUGUGACCUGAAAAAAAUCAGUGGGUCAGUGUUGGUUUACUUGCAAAGUUCCAGUGAGAUCUGUUGUUGGUCAAACACACCAGGUUUCAAAAGAUACUAGACAUCUUAACUGUCAAAAACAAACACACCUAAGAACUGCCUCAGACAAUCACAAGGAUUUUAGCAGAGGUUAUAAACACCUGGAUUAAGGGCCAGUAUGGGGUUUGGAACAUAGACUAUAUAUAGAAUGGACAGCGUCUGCCCCCUUGAUAGGUGAAGCUACUCCGAGAACGGCACCAUCUGUUGAUGGGCUGCAGUAUAGGUCAUAAAUCCCGCCUCCGCCAGCAAAGCUUAUGGGGCUGUGGACAAACUUUAGAAAUCUAUUACACAGAAUAGACAUUUUUCUCCCCCUUGCUUGCAAUGUUGACAUGUAGUUACUGUAAGACUGGUUUGUGCUCAAGUCCUCUUUCUUCUGUGCAGCUCAGUUUUUCAAAGUUAUUAGGGGGUUCAUGUUUUCUAUGAUUGACAUCUGAUACAGCCUAUGGGCGUACAAGGAUUGCUCAUCCAGGGGAUAAGCUGUUUGAGCCGAGCGUCAUCACAGCGACUCUCGGUGACUCUCCCGCAGAAUGCACACAAUGCUACUGCACAGGUGGUGGAGUGCGUACAAUGCUACUGCGCAGUGUUGGUUUCAGGAAGCGGAGAGAAAAUACAGAAUUACCGAGAGCUUUUCGGCUUCAAAUCCGUAUACUGGCAGAAGGCAGAACCAAGUUGUCUAUAGUAUAUACACAGUCGAUGGUUUGGAAACACAACUCUGUAAAACAUGAGAUCCACACACAUCUUGAAAACUAUGAAGUAAUAUUUUAUGAGGAUUUUGAAUUGUCUUUAGUCAUUAAAGUCAAAGUGUGGUUUCAGAGAGAGAUCUGCAGUGUCAUAGGUAAUUAAAGAGAUGAUAUGUAAACUUCGUGUAAAUCAGAUUCACCGCAACAUCCAGAGGUCAUCAGACCAGCUCGGGACCUUGGACAUCUGUUCUAGUGCUUUAAUGGUAACAAAGCUAAACCAGCUUUCAACCAUAUUUCAAGAAGGCCCUGGCCACCCCUUGGGUCCUGCCCUGUCCCCCCAGCCAAAAUGACUAUAGCCCUCAAUUUUCCCCAUAUAAGCUGAUGGUUAAUGCCUGAAACAGUGUUUACCCAGAUGGCAAAGACUAUCACAUUCUUCUCGAUCAGAUCACACCUUUUUGAAGCAUAAACUAAAUCUACACAUUCUGAAAAUGACUGGAUCAGGGAAAUGACCUGCAAUUUAAAAGUGCAGGUUUUGCUUGCCAUUUUUUUACAGUGUAAAGAGACUAGAGUCUGCAGCAGAGUUGUUGCAUUUCACCAUAGACUGUAUAUACUAUGGACAACUUGGUUCCGCCUCCUGCCUGUAUACAGAUUUGAACCCAAAAAGCUCUCUGUAUUUCCGGGAUUCUUCUUCAUUUCCUGAAACCAGCGCUGCGCAGUAGCUUUGUGCACAUUCACCGGGAGAGUCGCUGUGAUGACGCUCGGCUCAAACAGCGUAUCCCCCUGGUGAGCUACGCAAUCCCUCAACGCCAAUAGGCUGUAUCAGGUGUCAAUCAAAGAAAACAUGAACCCCCUAAUAACUUUUAAAAACAGAGCUGUACAGAAAAAAAGAGGACUUGAGCCCAAACCAGUCUUACAAUAACUACAUGUCAACAUCACAACCAGGGGGGAGAAAAAUUUAUGUUCUGUGUAAUAAAUUUCUAAAGUUUGUCCACAGCUCUAUAAGCUUUGCUGGCGGAGGCGGGAUUUAUGACCUAUAUUGCAUCAACAGAGGGUGCUGUUCUCGGAGUGGCUUCACCCAGCAAGGAGGCAGACUCUGUCCGCUCUAUGUACAGUCUAUGCAUUUCACUGAAAAUCCACAGACUGUAUAAAGUAAUCAAGCUCAGUAAUGUGACCACGUUUUAUAUCACAGUGGUCUAUAAAGCCACUUCCAGCCACUUAAUUAAAUAAGUUCAGGUCUUACUUUCUCUGGAUUGUGAAGGAGGACUGUGAUGUCUCCAUGUUUUACAGAGUUGACAGUCUAAACAGCAUGAAUCCUCACAAACAUGGAUUCAUAUUCUGUAUAAGUAUGUUCUGUUUUGUUUUUUUCACUGAGUUAUCACAGUCAAAAUUAUGCUGCUGAGAGACUUGAGACAAAAACUACAAAUCCCACUGGAACUGAGCAGAGUUUGGGUUGUCCACAUGUUUCCUCUCUCAUGUGUUUUCUGUGAGUAGCUGUUUUCUUGCACUAUUAUCACACUCAGUAUCUAUGCAAACAUCAACCUCACUGACCAAACUGAUAAUUAAUCUGAAAAAACAGAUGAUCAGGAGUUUCGUGCUGUUCAAAUGUUCAGAAGAAAUUUAAAAAAAAGUAGAUGGUCAUGUUCCACUUGUUCAUUUCUAUUCGGUUAGCUUGAAGCUACCUUAUGCUUUGGUUUAAAUGAGGAAUGCUUAUAGUGCUUACAGUCUCUGAGACGUUAAACUGUCACUCUGUCACUUUAAACCUGAAGUAUGUUGCUGUCAUGGUAGCCACGCUCCCCUCCCAUUGGCGUGUUGGACAGUUGUUUUCAUCAUGUGACUGUAAGUUUGCCUUAUUUCCUGUUCUGCUGACCAAUCAGCUGGCAGCUCUUUCUGGAAUAAAAAAAAUAAUAACUCUUUCAACUUUUGACAUCUGAUUUCUGUCUUAUUUUGCAUGUAUGAGUGAGUGAAGGUGUGUUGUGUAAAUGUUUUAAACAGUGUGUUUCCAGUUAUGUGUGUGUGUGGAACAGCAAGAGUGCAGCAGUUGAUAAUCUGUUAAUUCAGUUAAGGCAUUAGCAACACGUGAGAAACAAAAUGCACAUGAACAGACAGUUCAGGUGUGUGUCUUGAUGUGCCUUGUUGUCCUCAGGAUCCCUGCAGGGAGGCAGGCAGGCAGAGACACAGGCAGGUGUUCAGACAGACUUGUUCAGCUGUGGUGGAGCAUGAGGAGUAACCAACACAGCUGAAGAGACAAGCUCCAGGUUCAAGAGUCAUCCCCAUGUCUGUGAGUUCUACUUACCGCUCUGGGAGCAAGACGCUGGAUAGGUCAGUGAGCAGAGCUUUUAUACCUGUUUGUGUUAUCUGUGAUAUAAGGUGCUCAAAAACAGGUGUGUGUAGGAUGAGACACCAUAGUGUUGUUCCCUGGUUUGUAGUUUACUUCUGUGUAGCCCUAAAAAUCAGGAUUAACGCUGCAGUUCUACUGUUAACCCCAAAUGCUGCUACAGAGCGCAGGCCUCCAGUCUCCCUGCUUCAGGGGAUCCUGCUGCCAUGGAUGAGCUGGUGAAGCAUCUGUCCAGGUGUCAGCACAUGGGCUGGAUGAAAGUGAUCGGUGAGUUUCUGCUACAUGUCAGUGUUUGGGUUUUGCACAGUGAUCUUCAACAAUAACUGAAAUAUGAGUUAGACUUUAUAGUUCCUCUUAGAUUUGGAUAGAAUAAGAAUAACUUUAUUUCAUCCCCAAAGGGAAAUUAAAUUGUCUUUAGUUUCACUUGUCAUAGCUGUUGACAUUUUCCUUUUUAGACACACAUCUUGUAUUUGUACUCAACUGCAAACAAUUGUUGAAUCACAAAUCAAGUUAUUUGAUUAAACUUCUUACAUCAUAAAACUUUUUCUCAUUUCAAUGAAAACAUAUGAUACUGUAGAUUUGUCAACUACCCUGAUAUCUGGGUUGUUUACUCUAUUGAAGUCCAACCAGACACACUCUAAUUGUUUUCCAUCCCUACACUUUGACUGUUAAUCCCUCAGUUGUCCGGAUUGAAGGACCUGCUUGUUAGCUUGAGGAUUAGCAUGCCAGGCUGGCAGUUCUGUAUUACCUGUGACCCUCCACAGUAUUCGAAUCUGGUAUUUGGCCACCCACUGUGCUUUAUGAUAAAGUAUCCCCAUGUUUGUUAUGCUGUUUGUCGCUCUGUACUGAACAUUUAUCAAUAUAUCUGAAGAGAGUGUGCGAGAGGUGACUAGCUUUGACAAACAGACGGAUAAUGAAGAUCAGCUCUGUGUGAUUACAGGGAGCAGAUGAGCACAGUCACUUUUUUAUUGGCACAUCUCCUCAAAUUAAACAAGCUUUAUCCUUUAAUUGAGUCAGUAUUUACAACUCUCAGUUAGACAUGGAGGAAUAAAAGCAGAUUUUAAGUUUAUAGUGGGGAAAUUUUGGGAAGACUGGCACAAGCAUUUUAUUCAGAUUCUCUCCUUCUUUGAUCACAGGCACAACAGAAGAAUAACAUCAGCAGAGUCCACACUUUAGAAAGAUCAUAGUCUAUUUGAUUUAGAGCCCAUAAAAUAUAAGCUCAUCAGCUGGCACAGUUUUCAGCCAUGAAGAAAUUUAAUUUGCUCUCAUUUCUGACACUGAUAAGUUGGAGAGACUGUGUAUGAAUCAGGUUGAAACCCCUGAUCUGCCUUUGAAUGUUCUAAAGAAGUGUCCGUUUUUUGUUAAAGCAGUGAACAGCUGAUGAGCCAUUUACGUAGGAAAGCUGAAUCUGUGAAAUUUCUCCAAUUUUACCAGGGUGAGCUAGAGGAAAACGUGACUUGGGCUUUCUGUUGCACUAGAUAUCCUCUCCAAAUGUCUCUUGCUUAUGUGGAAACCAUGCAAACUGCCAACCACAGAUUUCAUAGCAAGUCUUCAGAGUAACUGAUUGAUCUUGACUUUUAACACUCCUGUGAAAAUAAACAUUCUCAUGAAUGGAUAGGAGAGACACUUUAACAGUGUGCGACUCCUGCACACGGUUCAUUUAAACUUCAUUAGGAGACUUACAGAAGUCUUUCCACCCUUUACUCUUUGAACUUGGGGCUUACUGGGUAUUUUAUUACACUAAAAUGGUGCUACUGGUGGUAUUAGUGCCACUGCUGGAAUAUAAUGAUAAUGUGAUGAUGUCACAGAGUUAAAGAGCGCCUCCAUUCAUUGGCUGUCAUGUGGGCAGAAGGCGGAGACUGAUGUGUGGAGUAGCAUGUUCUGCAUCCUGACAGAUUCACAAUUGCUGAUGCUUAACAAUCUGGAGGUAAAACACACACACAAACACAGACACACACACACACACACAUUUUAUUCUCCUGCAACUUUUUCAGCUUGUUCUGCUGUUUUUGUUGCUUUUUUCUUAAUCAAUUCUUGUUUUUUUUUCUGCUUCCUCUUUCUGUUCUUCUUCCUUCUGUUGUUUCUUUCUCCUGCUUUGUCUUCCUGCUUUUUCCUCUGCCAUGCUCUGCUCCUUUUCCUCCUUCUGUUUCAUCACUUUUUGGUUUUCUCUUUACUUUAUCUUUCUUUGGCGUCUUCCUUUACUCUUCUUUUUCUUUUUGUUUCUCUUCUUGUUCUUUUGCACCUUCUUUUUCUUCUCUUGGUUUUGCUUGUUCCAUGUUUCUUUUUCUUCUUAUGCAACUUGUUCCUCUGUUUUUUUUCCCCUGCCUCUUGUGCUUUUUCUUGUGCUGCCUUUUCUUUUUCUGCAUCUUUUUCCUGUUUCUUUUUUGUUUGUUUUGUUUAUAUGCUUGCUCUCCUGUGAUCCUUAUAUUUAACUUUUUCCUUUUCAUUUGCUUCUGAAUCUUCUUUUGAGGUGUCUUCUACUCUUUGUAGUCUUUUUCUGUUUUCUUCUUUCUUUCAACUUCUGCUUUGUUUUCUACUUCAUCUACACCAUCUCAUACAUCUGCUUUGUUUUUUCUUGAACCACUUUUUAUUGCCUAAUUUUGCUUACUAAUCUUCUUUAACUUUUGUUUUGUUUUUUCAUCCUUUUCUCUCUCUCCAUCUCUUAAGGUUCAUCCUCUGCUUCUUGCAGAGAAGGCGGAGACUUGUACCAUCUGGUUGCUCAGAUACACUCUACAUGUGACCUCGGGACUUUCUCGCCCCUCCCACAAAGGUAAGGAGGACGUGAGGGGUUUAACAGCUGCAGAAGAGGAAGACAGACAGCUACAGACAGACAGACGGACAGCAACAGACAACUACAGACUGACGUAGAGCUGCAGACAGGUAGACACAGACAGGCAGGUGAUGGAUGUGGACUUUGAUGCAGAGUUUGAGGACUUGAACGGUAAGAAGAAGACAUUUUUUUUUUGUUUUCAUGUCUGUGUUUGUGUGUUUGCUGCUGCAACAGGAUAAGCUGCUCUGCUUAAUCUUGAUGUAAUGGUAAUAAUAAUCUCAUAAUCUGAUAUCUGAGGUCAGCUGCCAUAGCAACAUGAUUGACUGCUCCUCUGCUCAUGAGGUUACUUAUCCCAAGUCAGGUUACAGGCAUCACCUCCUGAACCAGCAGAGGGUUGAUGGUCACAGAGGAACUGUUCACAGUUAGAAAAAGUUUGGCCAAAAAUAAAGUUUUAAUCACAGAAAUUUAAGCAAAGAAAGGAAAGUGUGAGGAUGUCUCUGAAUUUAAGAUUUCUAUAAUUUUCGACUGAAUUCAAAGUAACAAAGCAGAUCCUGCAUCGGUUUUUAAAUACACAAUAAGAUAAUAAGCUCAGUCUAGAAACAUUCUCAAUACUUAGUGAGUUCAUGUUUAUUUUUAUUUAUCUUAGUGUUUAUUUUCAGCUCCCCUGAAAUAGUGGUGAUUUUUCCUCAAACUCCUUUUUGACCUCAGUACAACAAAGUUUAAUAUAAACAUAGAAACUUUGAUAAAUGGUUCAUAUUCUCAUCCUGCUUCGUAAAUCUUUUUGACUGCUUUUUAAGUGUGUGCGUGUGCGUAUGUGAGUGUGGGUGUGUGUGUGUGUGUGUGUGUGUGUGUG